UUUGAGAAAUUCAAUAAGUUUUGUUUCAUUUGAGUGUCUGAUUUAAUUUGUGUUUUGAUAAGUUGAUAAUAAACAUCACUGCAAUCCAUGUGUUGAGUUUUGGAAAAUAAGUCACUCAGAAUAUAACCAAUUUUGAGCCAUCCUUCGUUUUGCUAAAACAUCUUGCCAAAAAGGAGAUCUAAACCCCGCAAUCUUUUCCGAGCAGUCAUCCCAGUUUUUCUGAGCAUCCUUUCGGGUUAAAUUAUUUCUCAAAUUCCAGAAGUCCACAGAACAAAAUAUGGACCAAGUUUUGAAAAAUAUCGUCACCUCAAUCGUCUUCGACGAAGUUUUGGACCAUGUCACAAUCUGUUUUGACCCCGCGGGAAAACUCCCUAUGGUGAUGAAGCUAUUGAACAGUUAUGGACCAAACAACACCGUCACGUUUGAAAUUAUUCCAAGAGGACCACACCAUGACUCAGCGAGAUUAACUAUUAAGUACAGAACACGGACAAGCGCGACGAGACUCAAAAGCGACUAUAAGACAUCCAGAACAGAGGACAGGAUGACAGUAGAACAAAGAGUAGAAGCACCGACUGAUUCGGACAACUCAGACACAGACGACGAACAUAGCAGCAGCGACAGCAGUACCACUGACGGAACCGUCGGAACGGACAACACUAGCGACACUCCUGAAAGCGACGCUAACGACGAAAAUGACGAAGUUAUUUUAAAUUCAGACGAAGAUGUCCCACAGCAAGACAAUGACAAUAACGAAGACAACAUGAACAGCGACAGUGACAACGCCACGGGCAACGACAAUGACCACAUCCCAGACAACAAUGACGACAAUUACGGCAGUAAUGACAUCGACAAUGCAGACAACAACGAUAUCAACAGCGACGACAAUGUUAAUGAUAACGGCUACCCCUUGCAGUACAAUCCCCAAAACAACGUGGAAUUACUCGAGAUGAACCUGACGGACGCUUAUACGAUAACAGCUAUAUACAGAGGAGACACAAUUGACGCAGAGGCAUUGUUCAGACCGUACGGACCAUGCCACAUAGAACAUUACAUGUCCACGACAGACGACACUAAAGCCAUAGACGACACGGUACCAGUUAGACAGACAUGCACGGAAAAUAAUAAAUCUGUACAGACAAUAUAUACAACGGACAGACGAGGACGUACAAGGACUUCGACGGCAAGAACGAGACCAGGGACCACCGACAACAGAAUAUGUUAGAUCGGACGAUACUAUUUGUGUACGAGUACCACGGACAGUAAGCAAACAAGAACUGACGGAAAUAUUUGCAACAUUUGGAGAAAUAGCUGACAUACGACGCAUCAAACCGAACGACGAAGACGAACGUUAUACAGCAUUUAUACAAUACAGACACAAGGAUAGCGCAUACAAAGCAGUAACAGAAACUGACAAUACAUACUUACCGAAAUGGGCUUAUAAUCGAAGACAACGGACGACAAAACCAGCGACGACAUAGGAAAAUGCACAGGAGCGACAGAGAACCGAAGGACCACAGGAGCGACAGAGAACCGAAGGACCACAGGAACCCGCACAGAGACAAAGACGAUGGACGUUGGACCCCGCCAACAACUCAAAACUGUAUGUUCUCGCACCACCUGACACGACACAACAGGAAUUCAGAGCGGACUUCAUAAAAUACGGAGAAGCAAUACAGAUAGAGUUAACGAACGGAAAAAAGUAGGAUACGUUAUUUACAAGGACAAAAUAGACGCCAUCGACGCCAAACUAAUCGGACCACGAAAAUACAAAAUUGACUGGAAGUUAACGCCACAGACUACUGAGACAUUUUACAUGCGGAGACCAAAUACCGAUACAGAGUUUUACAGACCACACACGCGACUGCACCACAACUACACUACGACGACGGCUACAAGACAAAAAAAAAGAACAACCGAGUACCAGCAGACAAGCCGACGAGAGACAGAAUGCUGACACAGCAGGGACAGCAACGCAGUCAACAAGAGCACCAGUCUUAGUACACAGAGCCUUAUACAUCGACUACAGCUCAUCAAGUGAUGAAGAGUUAAAUGAAGUAGAAAUAGCCAGAUCAAUACGACAGCGACAACUGACCAUAGACAAUAGACAACAUCAAAAUAAGAGAGCAGAUGAGGCAGAAGCACCAGCGAGGCACGAGGACGAAGCAGCUAAUGAGUUACGACAAGAACUGGACAAAAUUGACUUCAAGAAGAUAUUAGACGUUAGUGUUUAAGUGACGACACUGUGACGCUAGUUUAAGUUAGAUUUAAGAAACCAAGAGUGCCAUAAAAGUUUUGUAGUCAAUAAAAGAUGUAGAACAUAAGUAUUAUUGAACCAA